AUGGGUACUCCUUAUGUCUCACAACCAUCAUUUUCUAACUUACAAAAACAACAAGAUGAACUGCUUGUUCUUCAGAGUAUUUUUGGCAGUGAAAAUAUUCGCUCUCUCAACUCAAACAGCCAACAAUAUGAAGUUUCUAUUGAGUUUGAUCGUCUUCCUACACCAUUCUUUCUUAAGCACCGAACAACAACUCCAGUUACAUUUUUACCACCAAUCAUUCUUACAAUUCAGUUACACGAUCAGUAUCCGUCAGACUAUUCAUCGACAUUUCUCUUGACUUCAUUCUACAUGUCUAAACGGCAGCUUCAAGAACUGUGUGAGAAAAUGGAUUCACUGUUUAUUCAGAAUGAAGUAAUUGUUUACCAGUGGAUUGAACUGAUUAAAGAUGAAGUCUGUGGGAAGAGUGAAUUUGUUUUGGAUGAAGAAGACAUGGACGGAGAAGGAUGUCAACAACCGUGUAAAGAAACCUAUCACUCAGAAACUCCGUGUCCACAGGAAAUUGAAGCUAUACGAUUGAAACGUCAACACGAAAACUUGCAGAAACAACUGGUAGCGAUUGGUUUCACUCCAAAAGAUCAUGAGUAUCUUCUCAAAGAAAUACUAGCAUAUGAAACAAUUGAGCUCAAUACACGUCAAUGUCCUAAUUGUAGGGUUAAAAUCGAGAAAAAUGGCGGCUGUAGUCAUAUGUUUUGUCAACGAUGUCGAACGAGUUUUACAUGGGAACAAGCCUUAGUCCCAGUACAAAAUACAGCAACAACUCUUCUCGUUAAGGAACUAGGUGACGAUGUAGAUAAGAUUCUAAAACAUUUAAAAGAUUCAGCAGCGGGAGAAACAGAAAAUUUAGAACUUUUAACUUUGAUUGAAAAUGCAGUUUAUACACGAACAAAGCCGUGUCCUUAUGAAGGGUGUAAUCAGCUAAAUGUAAUGAGUUCAAAUUCAAAUAACUGGAUUAUCUGUAUUAGUUGUCGACAGAGUUUUUGUUUCCGGUGUGGAAGAGAAUUUGUUAGCCCGGUGCAACAUUUUGCUGCAAAAAGUAAGUGUAAGCAAUAUGUACAGUUGAAGAGAGUAAUGGAUUGA